CGUCCGUGAAGAGCACACUUCUCCACCGUGCCGGUGGCCAUCGAAGCCUGCAGCCAGAGGUGAGGAGAAUGAGCCAGAAAGAGGGUCUGAGGGCCAACUCCUUUCAGUUCACUCUGGAGGGAGAGCCCUUUCGCAUCCUGGGGGGCUCUAUCCACUACUUCCGCGUCCCCAGAGCCUACUGGGAGGACCGGCUGCUGAAGAUGAGGGCCUGUGGGGUCAACACUCUCACCACGUAUGUGCCAUGGAACCUUCAUGAGCCAGAGAGAGGGGUUUUCAACUUCCAGGACCAGUUGGAUUUAAAGGCAUACAUCAGCCUAGCAGCAGAGUUGGGGCUCUGGGUGAUUCUGCGGCCAGGACCCUACAUCUGUGCUGAGUGGGACUUAGGAGGGCUCCCCAGCUGGCUGUUACGUGACAAAAACAUGAAGUUGAGGACAACCUACCCUGGCUUCACAGAAGCAGUGAACUCUUUCUUUGACAAACUCAUCCCAAUAAUUAAGCCUCUACAAUUUAAAGAGGGAGGCCCCAUCAUUGCAGUUCAAGUGGAGAAUGAGUAUGGCUCAUAUGCAAAGGAUGAACACUACAUGCCUUUUAUAAAGGAGGCUCUACUAUCCAGAGGAACCAAUGAACUCCUGCUGACAUCAGACAACCGGGAGGGGCUCAAAUGUGGAGGAGUGGAUGGAGUUCUCAAGACGGUAAACCUUCAAAGACUGGCCUACGGAACAAUACAAUAUUUAGCGUACAUGCAGCCCCAGAAACCUCUGCUUGUAAUGGAGUACUGGUCUGGGUGGUUUGAUGUCUGGAGUGAAUCUCACCAUGUGUUUCCAGCAGAGGACAUGUUGGCUGUGGUGUCACAGAUACUGGAGUCAGGUGUAUCCAUCAACCUCUAUAUGUUCCAUGGUGGAACCAGCUUUGGCUUCAUGAAUGGAGCUGUGGCGAACCUUGGCACCUACAAACCUCAGGUCGGCAGCUAUGAUUAUGAUGCACCGCUAUCCGAGGCUGGAGAUUACACCACCAAGUAUCAGCUCUUGAGGAAUUUAUUCAGCCAGUUUCACAGUGAGAAGCUUCCUGAGGUUCCCUCUCUCCAGGCCAGGAGAGUGUAUGAGCCUGUCAUCAUUCAGCAGCAUCUGUCACUGUGGGAGAGCCUGCAGUUUACUGAGAAGCCCUUUAAGUCAGAGGAGCCUGUCAACAUGGAGAACCUUCCUGUCAACAGUAAUAAUGGUCAGUCCUAUGGCUACACUCUAUAUGAGACCACUAUCAGCAGGGGAGGCCUUCUGAACUCCAAGAAAAAUGUUAAAGACAGAGCCCUGGUGUUUGUGGACAGACACUUUGUUGGUGUCCUGGACUAUAAAUCGGUAGAGUUUGCACUGCCUGAUGGGAAGGGAGAGCGAACAUUGAGUUUACUUGUGGAGAACUGUGGAAGAGUGAAUUAUGGGAAAGCCCUAGAUGAUCAGCGUAAAGGUCUGGUGGGAGAUAUUGUAUUGAACCACGUGCCUCUGAAGGACUUUAAAAUCUACUGUUUGGAUAUGAAGCCAAACUUCCUAAAGAGACUGAGUGCAGCAAGCCAGUGGAACUCAGUCCCCCAGAAGCCUUCCUUCCCAGGGUUCUUCCAGGGUAUGCUGUAUGUGGACGGCCAUCCCAGAGACACCUUCAUCAGACUGCCUGGCUGGAGUAAAGGAGUGGUCUUUAUCAACGGGCAGAAUCUUGGACGCCACUGGUCCAUCGGUCCCCAGAAAACCCUCUACCUCCCUGGACCUUGGCUCAAAAGUGGAAGUAAUCAGAUCAUUGUGUUCGAGGAACAGAAAGCUGAUGACAAAUUAGUAUUUGUUGAAAAUCCUGAUCAUGGAAAAACAAUUGAUGUAUACAAAUAUCCAUUUUGUGUUCUGCUUUGAAAUUAUAAAUAUUUUAAAUAAAUUGACACAGCAAUUUCUUAUAACAUAGUAAUAACACGGUAAUACAAAGCUAUGAUUACCUUAACACAUUGUAUGUAAUGUUGUUUUUGUGUUAUGGGAUGGGUCUACCACUGAAUGUGAUGAUAGACAUGUAUUUUUAUGUAGUCUAGAGCACAGUCAUAAGGCAAGUUACAUACACUACCGUUCAUAUGUUUUUGGGGUCACUUAGAAAUGUCUGUUUUUGAAGGGAGUAGUACACAACAUUGUACAAGAUCUUCAGUUUCUUGACAAUUUCUUGCAUGGAAUAGCCUUCAUUUUUCAGAACAAGAAUAUACUGACCAGUUCCAGAAGUAAAUAUUUUGUUUCUGGCCAUUUUGAGCCUGUAUUUGAACCCACAAAUGCUGAUUCUCCAGAUGGCCAGUUUUAUUGCUUCUUUAAUCAGAACAACCGUUUUCAGCUGUGCUAACAUAAUUACAAAAUUAUUUUCUAAUGCUCAAUUAACCUUUCAAAAUCUUAAACUUGGAUUAGCUAACACAACAUGUCAUUGGAACACAGGAGUGAUGGUUGCUGAUAAUGGGCCUCUGUAUGCCUAUGUAGGUAUUCCAUUACAAAUCGUCUGUUUCCAGCUACAAGUGUCAUUUACAAUAUUAUCAAUGUCUACACUGUAUUUCUGAUCAGUUUGAUGUUAUUUUAAUAGACAAAAGCUAUUUUUUUCUUUCAAAAACAAGUAAAUUUCAAAGUGACACCAAAUUUAUGAACAGUAGUGUACAUGCAUUAAAAGACAAGACUUUGAGUGGUGGAAUGUAGACUAUUACAACAAAGAAAGGUGAGAUGGAAGAGAUAAAGGACAACUAAGUUCAAAGGUAAAAUGCAGAUGUGUAAAACAUUCAAGUUCAGUACCUUACUCUAGUUGUCUGGAUAGGCAGUGUUAUUGUCCAUCUAAAAUGAAAUAUAGAUGAAAAAACAAACUCCUUGAUUUCACAUUUACAGUAUUUGUCUUGCGUACUGUUAGGCAUACUUUUGCUGUUAGGUUGACUAAAAAGGUAUUUCAUUGUAUUUAGAUGAACACAAUAUAGUUUGCAGCGCAUCUUAUGCUCAUCUUGAAUGGUAAAGCUCAGGUUAUUAGUGCGUAAACAUUAGCCUACAAUCUUUUUUUAACUGGUCAUUUUAUUUGAUCAUAAAUUCUUUGUUCUUCUCUGUAAUAACUUUAUAAUAAUCUGGCACGCCCCUUUGUGUAUUUUAUUUUAUUUGAUGAAUGCUUGUAUAUCAUUGAUUUUAAAUCUUUCUUAUUACAGAUUAUCCUUUAUAUUGACCUCUGUUUAUCAUCUAACCCGAUUUUUGCCUAUUCACUUUUACCCUUACCUACAUGUACACAGUGGCAACACGUCAUUCAGGGCAGGUUAGGCUUGCCUGUUUUGCAUGUUAUUUUGGCAUUAGUACAUGUCUCACAUCAGUUUGCAAACAAUGUAACAAAA